AUGAUAUCCUCAGUGAUGAGUGCUAAGUCAUGUGGCCUUUUCUUCUUGAAAUCCAUGUCUGUUAUCGGCACUGCGUCCCUGAAAUUAUUCGGCACCCGUGACUGGUUCCCUUCCCCUGAAUUCGCCUGCGACGCUUCCCAGUCCCAAAUGAGGAGUAUAUCUCGGAGGAAACAUCCUUCUGCAGGCAGAGGCUGUUGUAUCUCUAUUUCCCUAUCGGGCCAGGUCUCCAGAGAAUGGAUUCCUGGGAGGAUUGAUAGCGGCUUUGAUCGAGUCAUCAAAGCUCAUCCCGACGAGACGGAUAGUAUCAAGCGCUCGAUCGCUGUGAUCUGCAGCCUUUCCAAGCCAAACUAUUACAUGGCUGGCUUUACUAUGUAA